AUGUCGUCACCGAGUAAACGUGUCGCCAUCGUCGGCGCAGGCCCCAGCGGCCUCGUGGCCAUCAAGGAAUGUCUCGCCGCGGGCUUCUCGGUGCAGUGCUUCGAGCGCGGAGGCGCCGUCGGCGGACAGUGGCUCUACGAGCCGAACCCGGGACCCGACACGCACUCUUCAAUCUACAACGGCGUCAUCCUGAACUCGUGCCGCGACACGACGGGCUUCAGCGAUUUCCCCAUCGACCCGGCGCGGUACCCGAUUUACUACUCCCACGAGCUGCACUUGCGGUACAUUAAGGAGUACGCGAAGCACUUUGACCUGGAGAAGCACGUUCGGUUCCGCACGACUGUGGUGGGGUGCGCGCCGACCAAGGAGGGCGGCUGGGAAGUCCGCGUCCGCAGCGGCGAUGUGGAGGACGGCGGCGGCGAGGAGGCUUUGGUUUUCGAUGCGCUGAUUUGCGGCAGCGGGUUGAGCAGCAAACCCAGGAUUCCCGACCUCGAAGGGAAGGAUCGGUUCAAGGGCGAGGUGCUUCAUAGCCACUACUACCGCACGCCGACGCGGUUCGAAGGGAAGAAGGUCGUUAUCGUCGGGCUCGGGUCCACGGCUGUCGACCUGGCUUGUGAGAUCGGGCCUCUCGCCAAGGAGCUCAAGGUCGUCAACAAGCGUGGUGCUUGGGUGCUGCCCAGGUUCCUCUUGGGCAAACCGGUGGAGGCAUGGAACAGCCGAUCCAGCGCGACGUGGCUCCCCUUCAGCGUGCAAGCGUUCGCAUACAACAAGAUCCUGGACCACGCCAUGGGGAAGCAGCCGGAGGUGCUGCAACCGUCGCACCACAUCAUGGAGCAGAACCCCACCGUGCGAAGCGACUUCACCGAGAAGCUGCAGACGGGCGUCUUCGGCCUCCACCGCUCCAACGUCGCCUCCUUCACCGAGACCGGCGUCCUCCUCGACGACGGGACCGCGGUCGACGCCGACGCCGUCGUCCUCUGCACCGGCUACCACCACGCGGACCACCCGUACCUGCCCCCCGGCGCGAUCGCGAGCGAGGAGGCCCCCGCGCCGCACGUGGACUUGUACAAGUCGCUCGUCCCGCCGCGGUCCAAGAACCUGUUCGUGAUGGGACAGGUGGAGGUGGCCGGCCCGGCGGCGCCCAUCAUCGAGGCGCAGGCGCGGUAUGCCGCGGCGGUGCUCGGGGGCACGGUGAGGUUGCCGGACGAGGAGGGCAUGAUGAAGGAUAUCCGGGCGUUCAGGGCGUUCCAGGCGAAGCACUUUGUCAACUCGGAGAGACAUACCAUGACGGUUGAUUACAACCCCUACAUUGACGGGCUUCUGGCGCCGUUGGGGGCCGUGCCGUCGGGGUGGAAGUUAUUGGGCAAGGUGGUUACGAGUGGGAAGCCGGUGAGGGCUUUCAAAGUGUAUUCUUCGGUGUUCUUUGAGAUUCAGUCGCCGGCGCAGUGGAGGCUUGCCGGCGUGGGGAGUUCGACUGAGCUCGCGGAGGAGACGCUUUUGAGGGUCGGGGCAGGGGCGGAGAGGUUGAGCGAGGGGGAGAGGGCGCGUCUUUAA